AUGUUGAGGAAAACAGUCGAUGCUGUAGGGUUAAUGGUGAUCAUCAAUUCUGCCAUUCUCUGCGUUCUUUGCUUUGUAGCUUGUGACGCUCUUGCUGUUGCUGCCACUUCCACUGCCACUGCAGCCAAAAAAAACGAAUACUGCUCUCCUUCUUCUUGCGGCAACAUCAAAAACAUACAUUACCCAUUUCGUUUGAAGGGCGAUCCUCGAAUCAACUGCGGUGACCCUCACUACGAACUCGCUUGCGAGAACAACCGCACUGUUUUAUACUUGCAUCAAGGGAGGUACUAUGUGGAGGAGGUCUCAUACGAGAAUCGUACAAUUCGAGUCGUCGAUUCCGGUCUGCAGGAUGACAAUUGUUCCUCUAUGCCUCGUUAUUCGCUCAGCCGUUUUAACUUCAGUGACGGAGGAGAACCAUACGAGUUUGCUUUCGAUCAAAGGAACUGGAACUACUGGUUCCAAGUUGCUCAUCUUAGUUGCGAGGCUCCAGUGAGGAGAGUUGGUUGUGGUCGUGAUCAUUCCUCCAGCGAUGAGUAUUGUGUGCUAGAUAUGUCACCUUGCAUCAAUGGUUCAGUGGAUUCUUCCAUCGCUUCCUGGCAGAAACAUUAUUCCUAUGCUCUAGUGGGUCAUUCCUUUCGUAUUUGGGAAAUCCCAGACUCCUGCGGCGUCAAUUUAUUUGUUCCAGUUGUAUUGGACGAUUUGUCUACCAACAGGGAAUUGAUUGCAUUGGAGAAGUUAGAGAACUUUUCUUUUCAUUACAUCCAUCAUAGGAUGGCAAUGGGCUUUCCUCUCUGGUUUCAAAUGGAUUGCUCAGAUUGCGAUGCUACAGGAGGCUAUUGUGAUAUGAGUGGAGUUAGUGACAAAUCGAACCCCAACUGCAUUUACUUUGGCUGCAUAUCAGCACUUCAGUCCUUCUCUUGUGCGUAA